AGAGUGUGUGUGAGUGUGUGUGUCAGAGCGCAGGGAUGUCCCGCAAGAGGAAGGACCGGCUGCGGGCUGGUGUGUGUUUCGCUGUCAUCUUCAUCAUCCUCAUCCUCAUCCUCAUCAUCGUCUGCACAGUCAAACUGCCCGAGAGGCGGGAGUGUAAGAGCGGCACGUACAGGCGCGCGGGGGUGGCCUCGGACUCCCGCACGUGCUCCGGCAUCGGGCGUGAUAUCCUGCGCGCUGGGGGUUCAGCUGUAGAUGGCGCUAUAGCUGCAUUAAUAUGCACUUCAGUGAUCAAUCCACAGAGUAUGGGCCUUGGGGGAGGAGUUAUAUUCACCAUCAGGGAGAAGAACGGGAAAGUGAAAAUCAUUAACGCGAGAGAAACCACACCAAAGAAUGUUAAAGCAGAUCUACUCUCCAAGUGCUCCAAUAGUACAGGUGUGCACUGGGUCGGGGUUCCUGGAGAACUGCGCGGUUAUGAGCACGCUCAUCGUCUGUACGGUCGUUUGCCCUGGAAGCAUCUGUUCGAGCCGACGAUCCGUCUGGCCAGAGACGGGGUCAAGAUCUCCAAACUGCUCAGUCAAUACCUGGUUGUCUUAACAGGGCGGAAUACAGCACUGAGUCGGUUGUUUAUGCGCUCUGAUGGAACGUUGAUGCAGGAGGGAGACACAGUAAAAUUUGAGAAACUCGCCGACACCCUGCAGAAGAUUGCGGUUGGUGGAGCUGAUGAGUUUUACAGCGGCGACGUUGCCAAGGCGCUCGUCAGGGACGUGCAGGAAGCAGGUGGGAGUCUUACGGACGAGGAUCUGAAGUCAUUUCAAGCCAAUGAAACACAGGCCUGGUCUGUUUCUUUGGAUAAAUACAAGAUGUUCUUCCCUCCUCCACCAGCAGGAGGCGCCAUACUCAGCUUCAUCCUCAACAUCAUGGAGGGUUACGAGUUGAACCCUAAGUCCAUCCAGAGUAAUAAGUUGGUGGAAACGUACCAGCGCUACGUCGAAGCGUGUAAAUUUGCUAACGGACUGAAACAGUUCAUCAAAGACCCAAAGUUCUCUUCGGAUAAGGAAGCGCGCGAUCUGAUUAAGGUGGAGUUUGCUGACCAUGUGAGGGGCAUGAUCACCAAUGCGAAGACCCAUGAUGCUCAGUACUACAACGUCACGCCCCACCCUGACACGCAGGGAACCACGCACAUCUCUGUGCUGGCUGAAGACGGGACCGCCGUCUCCGUAACCAGCACCAUCAACCACAUAUUCGGCUCGGGAGUUUUAUCCGUUAACACAGGCAUUAUCCUGAACAACGAGCUCGCUGACUUCUGCGGCAGGACGAAACACAUUCACCCAGGAGAGCGGCCACCAUCCUCCAUGACUCCGGUGGUCCUCUACUCUGCGUCUGAUGAUCACACUCUGGUAAUCGGGGCUUCAGGAGGCAGUAUGAUCACCACCGGCAUGGCCACGGUGCUGAUGAAUUACCUGUGGCUCGGGAAAACCCUGAGAGAGUCCAUCGCAUCACCUGUGGUAUAUGUGGACGGCAAAAACGAGCUCGCGUUUGAGAAGACGUUCGAUCAGAAUGUGAUUAGUUCUCUUCAGGAGUACGGUCACACUGUCACAUCUCGACAACAUUUCUACAACACAGUUAACGCUGUGUCCAAGCACGAAGACGAGUGUGUUAAUGCCAUUUCCGACAGACGCAAAAUGGGUGAACCUGCCGGAUACUGACCACGCACAUACACACACACACACACACACACACACACACACACACACACACACACACACACACGCGCACACUGAAGUCCUCUGAGACUAUAUAGAGCUGAUUGUACACACAGUUAUUGAGAUGUUACAGUAACGCUGAAUGUUAGAAUAAUCCUAGAUAUUUAUUUGUAUGUUUAACAUGUAGAGUUAAAUAUAUCACUGUCUUAUUAUGUCUAAAAUGAUUUAUUUUGUGUAUUUAUGUGUUUCUGUAUUUUCUGUCUCCUGUGUUUCUGCUGGAAUGCGUACUGUAUGUGAUGAAUAAAAGCUCCUUAUU